GAAGAUGUCUCUUGACCUUGGUAGCUUCCUUUUGGUUAUCAACUUGGAAUAAGAAUCUGUUUCUUUCUCUCACUAAUUAAGCUUUUGAAGAUCACAUUCAACAGGACACAAGACAAAACCCCAAUAUAGGCUGCGUGUUUUAUUACAACACUGAUUUUGAAAACAGAAAGCACUUUAUAAUCAAAAAAAGAUUGGAUUUUGGUUACAAAAAAGAGGAUUGUGGCCAAGGAGAGAGAAAAAGACCGAUGCAGUUUCUAACAGAGACUAAAAACAGUAAUUAAAGCGUUACUGUUUAGUUGAUUCACAUUUCAGAAUCAAUUUGAUACCACCUCUUUUUAAUUAUGGACGAUGAUGACGAAGACCUAUGAUUUACUUCUCUGUCUUUAUGUGCAUGCAUAAAUUUAACUGCAAUUAGAGGUUCUAAUUGUAAUAUGAUGAAAGAUAAGAAAGAUAUUAGGCCUGUUCUAUUCAAAAUUGGGGCUGCUUUAGCCCUUUCUUUUGCUGGAUUUCUGUUUUCUCGCAUGAAAAGCAGAAGGGCCAAAUUUCCUCGGCUUGAUCGCUCCCCGAGCUCUUCAGAUCAUGAUGAUGGAAGAAGAGCUGCAAUGAAGAAAACCCCGAAUUCGGGCAGCAUCAAAGUUCCAGCAGAAAGAAAUGAAGAUGCAUGCUUGCUCAAGGUUGCAGAUGAUAACACCAUGGUUGUUCCUUCUCCAAGUGCUACAUGUGAUGGAGAUAAAGAUGGGUACCUCCUUCCAGAAUUUAAUGAUCUUGUGCAGGAAUUGGACUUUAAUGCCCUAAAUGCCAGGUUAUCUCCAAAGAAGGACCUAGAAACACAUGGGUCAGACAUGGAAACUCCAAAAGCAUUUAGUAGUAAGGAAAUGGAUGAUUGUGAGCAAGAGAUUAUACAUCUGAAGGCCAUUGUUGGAAGGCUUCAAGAGAGGGAGAAAAAUCUUGAGGACCAAUUGCUGGAGUGUUAUGGCCUUAAAGAGCAAGAAACUGCCAUGAUAGAGUUGCAGAACCGUCUAAAGAUAAAUCAUGUGGAAACUAAGCUUUUGACCCUCAAGAUUAAGAACUUGCAGGAAGAUAAUCAACGACUACAGGCACAAUUGGCUGAUCAAGCAAAAAUUGUUGCUGAUCUUGAUGCCGCAAGAGCAAAAAUUAAAUUGCUUAGGAAGAUGCUGAAAUCUGAAGCUGAGCGGAACAAGGAACAGAUCUUAGCUCUUCAAAAAAGAGUAGCUAGGCUGCAAGAACAAGAAAUCAAGGCUGCUGCAACUGAUUCAGAUAUUCAAUCAAAGUUGGAAACGCUGAAGGAUUUGGAGGCCGAGGCAGAAGAUUUAAGACAGUCUAACUCUAGAUUGCAUCUAGAAAAUUUCGAAUUGGCUUGUAAGUUGGAGUCCACCCAAAUUCUUGCAAAUCCAGAGAUUGAAGCGCUUAGAGCACUUAGCAACCAGUUGAGACAGGAAAAUGAGGAAUUGGUGAAAGAAGUUGAGCGACUUCAGACAGACAGAUGUACUGAUGUUGAGGAAUUAGUCUAUCUGCGAUGGAUCAAUGCUUGCUUGAGAUAUGAAUUGCGCAAUUUUCAGCCCCUACAAGGUAAAACAGUUGCAAGAGACCUAAGCAAAUCUCUCAGUCCCAAGUCUGAGGAGAAAGCGAAACAACUAAUACUUGAAUAUGCAAAUAUUGAAGGGACUGGAGAGAAAGGGAUCGACAUUAUGGAUCUUGAGUGUGAUCAGUGGUCAUCCUGUCACACUUCAUAUAUUUUAGACCCAACAGACUUCGAUGAUUCUUCAGUUUCAACAAAAACCAAAAACUCAAGCAAAGACAAAAUAUUCAACAAGCUUAGGAAACUUAUUCUGGGAAAAGACAUUCAACAUCAUAAUCAUGGGUCAUCAUCUGGCAAAAGUGGAGCAGAAGAUUCAGAUUCGCCACGUGGCAGUUCAUGCAUUUCAACUACAACUGAUGCUGCAAGUGAUCUGCAAUCUAACAGAGCAAAAAGCCAGUCUCCAGAUUUACCUAGGCAUUCAGCUAGAUAUUCUGUAGAUAUCCGGAGACUGAAGAAUCCGACCACAGAUGAAAUGCAGGAUAUCAAAAUGGUUCGAAGAAAUAGUGACUCAGUGUGGCAUAGAAGAUAUUUAUCUGGUGGGAUAACUGCUAACAAUUUGUUGCCAGAAAAUCAAGAUUCAUACCCUAUUGAGAAAUCUGAAUUAUUGAAGUUCGCACAAGUUCUGAAGGACUCUGGUAGUGGAACAGGAAAGAUACAUAGAAAAUCAGCAUCGCUUGGUGCAUUUUGAGACUGUUUCACAAUAAUCUUACUUCAUUGCCUAUGUCUGUAUACUAUUGUCAGUGUAAAUGACUCGUAUACCAUAGAAACUAAUUCACAAAAUGGAAUUUUAGUAAUAAAACAACACAGAAUGUAAUUUUUAUACUUGAGGAUAGUGAACCAGUAAUCUUUCCAUGUUUUUGGAGUA